CUAAAGUGGCCUUUUCUGGAAAAUUACUGGAGUGAACGCGAGCUGUUCGGUUUCUCCGGGUGUAAACUCGGGUUUCGGGGUUUGGAAAAUGACCCGGACAUGGAGGGUGGAGCUGUAGGACGUGUUGGAGAUGAUUUGAGACGGAAUAUGUUUAGAAAGAAGCUCCUAAAAUGAGCAGCGAUAGCUAAGUUUACUCCUUGAGUUUAGCUAGCUUGUGAUAGCUAGCUAACGUUAGAAGAGUUUUGUAGAUUAGCUGGUUCUGAUAAACCUGAUCUGUAAAUGGAGUGGAUUCAUCAAGAUUUGUCACACAAUCUGAGAAGUGAUGCUGGGAAAGCUAGCCCGGGAUCGGGACUCGGUGUUGGAUCGAAAUAUGGUUCCGCAGGUUUGGGCUCGGAGAAGCUGCCGGAGGACUGGUGCGACAGCGGCCUGGAUUCACUCAUCAGCACCGAGUUUAUCAGCCUCGACAGCGCCGACCCGGUCCACAUCACCGCGGAGCACUCAGAGCCUCCAGAAGCCUGGAGCUCAGCCCGCUGCGGUGUGACUGUGGACGGGACCGAGACCGAGAGGCUGGACUCCGCCAUCGGGGACUCGAUCAACGACGAGACGGUGAGGAGUCUGUCUGAGCGCAUCGGUACCGUGAUCCUGAGCGAACCGACCGGCACACUGACUCCUCAGCCCGGACCGGAAGUGCGGGAUCGGCGGAGAGACGAGAUCUUCAACACGUUCAGCUUCAUAUCCGAGGACGGAGACACGGCGCUGCACCUGGCACUCAUCCACGAGCAGUGGGAGUUUUUUCAUCACCUGCUGGAGCUCAUCAUCCUCAACCCCACCUGGACACCUUACCUGGACAUCCAGAACGACCUGGGACAGACGGCGCUGCACAUGGCCGUGAUUGUGGGCCGCAGUGAGUGUGUGUGUGUGCUGCUGAGAGCCGGAGCGAGUGUGGAGCUGCAGGAGAGAGGAGGAAACACUGCGCUGCACCUGGCCGUGUGUGAGCUGCACGCCGAGUGUGUGAGGGAGCUGACGAGCUCGAGACGCACUCUGCCCCAACACCUCAACAUAUACAACUAUGCAGGAGUCAGCGCUCUGCACAUGGCUGUACAGAAGGGGAGGUGUGACAUCAUCAGCAUGCUGCUGGAGGCCGGAGCCGACGUGAACCAGAUGGAUCAGGGUUCGGGUCGCUCGCCGCUGCACUGGGCCGUGGAGUGUCAGAGCUGCUCGGUGGUGGAGCUGCUGCUUCGGCGCGGCGCGAGCGUGGAUCAGCGCUCUUACUCCGGACACACGCCGCUCUACUGCGCCCUCUACAGGCCAGACGCACGUCUGCGGGAGCUGCUCCGGAGCGCCGGGGCGUCUGACGCUCACCUCGAUGAAGAGGAGGAUGAGGAUGAGGAGGAGGAAGAGGAGAGAGAGAGCGAUGAGGAGGAGUUUGAUGAUGUCAUCAUCAAUGGACAGCGAGUGCUGUAGCUGUCGAGACGCACCCGGCCGACUUGCGUCAGCUGAAAGUGUGUGUGCGCGCGCGCGUGUGUGUGUGUGUGUGCGUGUGUGUGUGUGAUUAGCGGUACAGGGUUGCCCUCGCUAUGCUGUACAGUUUGAUGCUUAUUGUUGAGUUUUCCGAGCAGUUAAACGGCUGAAGCUCAGAUAGUCAGGACUGCGUGAGGCGUUUCACUAACCCUCGGGAUUGUACUAUACGCUUUAGGCCGCCAAAACCAGCAGCACCUGUUUCUGUUUUCACUCUUUUAAACCUUUCACACAUCAGAGGCGUUUUUUUUUUUUUUUUUUUUUUUUAAAGCUAAAGACAAGGGAGGGGCAGCUUCUCCAUUCUCUCUCUCUCUCUCUCUCUCUCUCUCUCUCUGAUCUUUCCACUUUCUAGCCAUGCAGUUCAUGUUAAACACUCAGAGGUGGUCUGUGCUACAUGUGUCAAAUGGGUAGUGGACGUUGGAAAAACAAACUUCUUAAAGGAGCAGUGUGGAGUGUACAACUUUUCCGGAUGUUGUCGUUGAGUCAGGACAUGGAAUCAUUUGGUCUGCACUGGAGUUGUGAGGUUCAUAUGAGGUUGCUAAUGAGUACAGGAAGCUUAUAGCAUCAUCUCCGUCAAAAGCAUCAUUUGGGUCAGUAAUGAAUUAGUCAUACACCUGGAAAGAAAACUUUGGACCAGCACCAAAACAAAAAUUAAAACCAGGAAAAAGAGCUGUAUUAUUAUUACUACUACUAUUAUUAUUAUUAUUAUUAUUAUUAUUUAACUAAUUACUUAACAUUUUGUACUGUUGCGUAAAACAAAAGCAUUAAAUAAAACUAACAAUUACUUAAUAAAGAUAUUAAUGGUAAUUUAAGAAAAUGCAAUAACAAAUUUUUUAAUAGUAUAAAUUUUUUUAUUUUUUUAAAUUAAUUCAUUUAUUUAAAUAAAUUAAUCAGUAGUUUCAAUUUAAUUAGUUUAAAUUAUACAUUUUAAUUGUUUUUAUUUUAUGCAACAGUCCAAAAAUUUCUACUCUUAAAAGCUAUUCCAUAAUGAAAACAAUCACUUUUAUUAUUGACAAGUUUGUCGUUUUUUUAAUUGGGCAUCGAUUGACAAAACUGGGCUGACGAUAAAUAAAACAAAAGAAAUUUGUAUAUUAAAUAAUUAUAUGUGGAUACCGUGCUUUCAGGUGGUGGGCAAAAAAAAUCCGUGGGUGAAGUUUUUCGGUUGUCAUUUUCAGCAGUUUUACUUUUCUGAUUUUUUUCUGAAAAAUUUUGAUGGGCAAGUAUUUGAGUGCAUCUGAAGUUGUCAGAGGAAAUCUGCAUCACGAAGUUAAAUAUACAGCUGAAAUUGGAGCUUUAUAACGACUUCUCACUUCAGGCCACGCCUCCUACCUGAGUCUGAGUCCAGCUUCGUGAUGCAGCUAUGACCGUUUUUAACUCUACAGCAUCAUUUUGUCCAUUUAUUUCACUGAGAACAGUGUGACAGAAGCAGCCAGAUACAGUGUGAGGUGCCAUUUAAACGCUUCAGCAUCAUUAGCCUUGUAGCUGCAGUACAAAAGACACUAGAUUGAGUAAUUGGAGCAAUGUUUGCAUUGAAUUUUUUGCUGAACUUUGAGCUAUAAUGAUUAGUAAAAGCUGAAAGAGCUUUUAAAAAAAAAAAAAAAAAAAAAGACCAUUAAACUGUUAAACACGGAUAUUUAGUUUGGGCUUGCAGUUUAGCUGAUGAGUUGAAAACAUUUAGAAUUUGCCACUUGUAGGUCUGGAUUUAAGGCUCUGUCUCUUAACGUUGAGCGAGUUACUAAUUAUUCUUAGCUCAGAGCCACUCGUUAUAGUGGUUUCGCUAGUUUUGCAAUGAUAACAGUCUAUCAUUAAAAGAAAAUUUAAAGUAGUAGCGUUUAUGCUUAAGCUUUAUCGAUGUAUAGAUGAUGCCUUAUGAAGUGAAGCAAGAGGAUAUUCUAAGCAGUGGAAUUUAUAUAUAAUGAUAUUUAUAGUGUUUAUGUCACAGCUUCGAUGGUGACCGCGUUUGAUUUAUAACGUUAUAUAAAGUUUUUCAGUGUAGCUGUAUUUUUUUUCAGGUGGGGAAGAAGAAUAAAAGUAGCAAAAAGAAAAAUGAACGUUUGUGAUGAGAAUUUUUUCCGUAGCUGUAGAAAAAGCUCUUGGCUACAGACCUGAGAUCAUUUCUACGAGUUGUUCAUCCAUAAAUUAAUAAACACAAUAACAGUUUUCACAAAUUCGCAAGUUUUCCCGUAGCACAGAUGUUCGUCAGCCAAAACAUGUUUGCUGUCUAAAGUUUCGAAGCUACAAAACUGUGUACGUGAAGCUGAAAGCUCUGGAGGUUGUUGCCAUCGUAACACCCCCCCACUCCAAGAAAAAAAACAAAAACAAAAAACAACUCCGCCUCCUCAAGAAAACUGGAAACAAUGCGUCUGAUAACGUAUUUUCACUCCGAACUUAAAUUUGUAAUUUCUGAUUUAGAAAUUUCCCUGAUAAUCACACAAAGCUUAAGUUGUUCACUUGUAAGUUAAUAAACACAAAAGCAAAAAAAAAAAAAAAUCCGUAAUUUUCGUUGUUUGAGAUCUGAGAUAAUUAGAUACUGGGUCGCAUUACAACAUGGCUGCUCUGAGAUCUGCAGAAAUGAUCAAAAAUAAGUGACAUGAGUAAGGUGAUGAAUGGAAUGAAGGAUGAAAUGUACGUAUGAAAGCAGACAGGAACCUGUAAGUUGACAUGUACCGAUACGAUAAACGGGAAUAAACAACACAAACUAGUCGUGAGUUUCGGACUACGUAGGCAGUCGGCUACGAAGACUACGUUCUGUGGGAUAAAAAGAUGAUUCAGUGAUUAUUGGAAUAUAAAAAGCAUCUGUACGAUUCUGUAAAAAACUCAGCCCUAUGAUCUUCUAUUUCUGAUUUUUAUUGUUAUAUUUGUUAAUUUUUUCCCCCUCACAUAUUGAACCGGGUGAUGGUUGAAGAUUAUAAUGUUUAAUGCUUUAAAUGGAAAAUAAAAAGACAAAAAAAAAUGGA